CAAGACUUGGUUGCACGGCUUCUAGAUGCAUAUCUCGGAUUUGAAGUGCGGCCCGGCAUGCGGCAGCCGAGGCCGCAGUCCGGCAUGCGCAGCCGGCUGUGAUGGUGUCCGGCCCAGAUGCAGCAUCUGCCGCAGCCGCCAGGAGUCAGACAGCGAGCUGAGCAGACAUGCGCGGAUGACGGCUGCAGCUGCCGCUCUGGCUGCUGGACAUCAAGGUGCCUCGUCGUGCACGUCGAGCGACGGCUUCCUGUGCGCCUUCGCAGCCCGCCAUUCGCGUGCGCCAUGCACGUCUGCGCGCGCUCAUCGCUGUCCAUGACAAGACAGUCCGUGCCGCUCUGUGCGCCUCGUCGUGCCGGGUGCAAUGCCCUGCGUCGAGCCGCAGCCACAACCUCCUCAUCUCCCCGGUCCCUGGCGGAGCUCGCUUCUCAGCACAGCCUCUUGAGGCCUGCGCAAACUCGGUUGCAGAGCCGCAGGCGCUCGUGCCGGGCAUUUGAAGUUGUCUCCCUGCAGCUGGCUCCUGUGCCUGACCCGAGAUGCUGCCACUGGCACCGCCGCUGGGGGCUGUCCGCUGUGGCUGUCGGCUGUGCCGAGGAGCGGCUGCCUGCUGCGUGCUGUGUCGAAGAGCAAGAUCAUCCGGCUCCGCGUGCCUCGGCUGGCCGCUGCGCGAGUCUGAAUGCCGGCUCCUUGAGUCCCUGACAAGCGCUGCGGUCGCACUUCUCUGUCGGAGCCGCCGUACGCAGGUCUCUGCCUGGCUCAGUCUCCAGCUCGCGUUCUCUGCUAUACUCCGACUCUGAGCACGAGGCCUCAAACGCAAGUACUGCGGCACCACUGCACGUCUCGGCCCUCAUCAAGGAGCAUGCAGCAUCGCUCCUCGGCGAGAAGCCUCGUAGGGCGCCUUCCUCUGCUCGCCUCGACUUCUCAUUGCAUGCCGUACAA